CAUCCUCACAACCCUUUUAUCCCGGCUGGCAAAUAAACCAGUCGAGAUCGCCAGCACGCUCAACGACUUCUUUCUCUGGACCUCCGAUCGACAAGUCAAUUCUUUUACCAUCUUGUACCAGGGUCGUCUCUUUGUGGACCAAACGCCGCCAAAAUGCGAAACUCCAGCGAGGAGGAGAUUGAAAUGCAGUACACGGGCAAGUCGGUCGUGCACGCUUAUCCCAACUCGAAAUCCAAAAGCGACUACAGCUCUCAGGCGAAAAAUGCUGCCCUGGGCGACAAUGGCGAAGACCUCAACAGUGUGGUGCGCAUUCGGCGAUUGUUCAGCUUCGCACAGAUUUUCGCCUUUUCCUUGACCUACAUGUGUGUCUGGGAGAGUAUGAACGGAUCCAUGGUGUUUGCCCUUUACAACGGUGGUCCUCAGACGUUCGCCUGGAGCAUCGUCAUCUGUUACUUUGGCGCGCUGAUGCAGUCGGCGUCGAUCGCUGAGAUGGCGUCAACGGUGCCCAUCGCCGGAGCACAAUAUCACUGGACGUACGUGCUUGCGCCAUCCAACAUCCGACGAUUCACGACGUGGAUGCAAGGGUGGAUGACGUGGUUUGGAUGGGUGUCACUGCUUGCCGGCACCACCAACAUCACGGUGCUGCUCCUCCAGAACAUGGCCUUCCUCAACAACCCGAACUACGUGCCGGAGCAGUGGCACGUCACCCUGAUGAUGAUUGCCAUGUUGACCUUGUUUGGCGUCAUCAACUCCAACGGAUACACGUUCGCGCUCGUGCCCUGGCUCGAAUUGGUGGCCGGGGUGCUGCACAUUGGCCUGUUUGUGCUGUGGAUGUGUGUUCUGUUGGUGCUGGGCACCCGCCAUACGGGCACCUUCAUGUUCACCCAUUUCGAGGUGUGGUCCGGCUGGAACAACGACUUUGUCGCAUGGAACUUGGGCAUGUUGACCUGUGUGUGGGCAUUGACCGGUUUUGACGGUGCUGUCCACAUGGCUGAAGAGGUCAAGUCAGCCAAACAGGCCGUUCCUCGAGCCAUCUUCUGGUCCAUCGCCCUUAACGGUGUGCUGGCCUAUUCGAUGGUGCUCGCCAUUCUAUCGUCCAUGGGUCCUUUGGACGAAGAAUUGCUCUUUUCGACGUUUCCCGCAUCCCUCGUCUUGCUUCGAUGCACCGGCUCGCUCCGAGCCACCACGGCCAUGUUGACGGGACUUUUCAUCGUCUCGUGCUGCUCCGUCCUCGCAUGUAUUGCCUCGGUGUCACGCUUGACUUGGGCCUGGGCUCGAGAUGGUGGCAUUCCUCGGUGGUUUGCGUAUGUCCACCCAACCCAUCUGGUGCCGAUCCGGGCGAUUUGGUUGGGGCUGACGGUAGUCAUGCUGCUGUCAUUGCUCAACAUUGGUUCCACCACGGCGUUUGGCGCCAUCGUCGCCCUGGCGUCCAUGGCCUUGUACUUUUCCUACGCCAUCGCCCUGUUUUGCAUGCUGUAUGCUCGCUAUCAGUCCACCCAUGGCGGUCAGUCACUGGUGCUGGGCCAGUGGAAUCUAGGCCGGUACGGGGUUUACAUCAACAUCUACUCCCUGUUCUACACUCUCUACGUCAUGAUCUUCCUACCUUUCCCAUCCACCAUCCCCGUCGACGCGGUCAACAUGAACUACUGCGGGCCCAUUUUCUUGUUUGUCUUUUUAUUCGCCAUGGCCCUCUGGUUCUUCAAGGCUCAACGAAGCUGGCCCGGUCCGAGCGUGGCUAUCAUCAACUAUGUCAAGCAGCAAGAAGACUAGACAUACAAUCCCGCAAAGAGGCGAAAAUCGUGACGAAUAAUGUCCUGGAUAGGUUGUUGUCUGUUUGAUAGAUGGGUUCGAUAUAUUUGAAAAAGCG